CAGUGAGUGUGGAACAAGAACAGAGUUCAAGGAAUCAGGAGUUCCAAACCCCGUUCUUUCCUGUCCCUCUCCACACCAUGAGGGAAAAGCAACUGCCCAAAUCAGCCUUGGUUCUACUUUUUCUGCUCCUUCCCAGUGAUGCUUCAGCUGCUGCAGAACCGCAGUACAUGGUGCUGCUCCCAUCAGCUCUCUACUCUGGAAUUCCUGAAAAGGUUUGUGUCUUCCUUAAUCACCUGAAUGAGAGCGUGACACUGAAUGUGACUCUGGAGUAUGGAAUGCAGGAGAGCAGGAAUCUCCUCACAGACCUGGUGACCAAGAGAAAUACUUUCUACUGCAGCCCCUUCCUUAUUCCAGGGUUGCCAUCUUCCACAGUGUUCAUUGCUGUUGAGGUAAAGGGUCCGACUCUGCAUUUCCUAAAGAGGAAACCAAUGCAGAUAACCAAAGCAGAGAACCCAGUCUUUGUCCAGACAGACAAACCCAUUUAUAAACCAGAACAAACAGUGAAAUUCCGCAUUGUCUCUGUGGAUGCCAAUUUUCGCCCUGUGGAUGAAAUGUUCCCGGUUGUUUAUAUCGAGAAUCCCAAAAGGAACCGGAUUUUCCAAUGGCAAAGUGUCAAAUUGCAGAAAGGACUUUCCCAGCUCUCGUUCCCACUAUCAAUGGAGCCCAUUUUGGGUCCCUACAAGGUCAUGCUGCAGAGAGAGUCAGGAAGAAGAAUAGAGCACUCCUUUGAGGUGAAGGAAUAUGUUAUGCCCAAAUUUGAGGUCCAAGUGAAAAUGCCCAGGAUUAUUGGUUUUCUAGAUGAAGACUUUGAGGUCUCUGUCUGUGGCAUAUACACAUAUGGAAAGCCUGUCCAUGGACUGGUGACAAUUAACGUGUGCAGAAAAUAUUCUCAAUACCAUCCCAACUGCCUGAACAUACCUUCAAAACCAAUCUGUAAAGUGUUUAGUCAACAGGCAGACGAUAAAGGAUGUCUCACACAACUUAUAAAGACUGAGGCAUUUCAGCUGAGAAAAAAAGGGUAUGAUAUGUCCAUAGAAGUGGAAGCCAAGGUCACAGAGGAGGGAACAGGAUUGGUAUUAACUGAGCGUCGAUCAUGUGAAAUCACCUCUACCUUAAGCAAACUGACAUUUACUAAAGUGGACUCACGAUACAGACGUGGACUCCCUUUCUUUGGGCAGGUUCUUCUAGUCAAUGAGAAGGAUCAGCCAAUCCCCAAUAAAACUGUAACAGUCAAUGUGGAAGGUAAACCCUAUUCCAGUUUUACUACUAAUGAGCGUGGUUUGGUGAAGAUUUCUAUUGACACCGCCAGCCUCACAUCUACCUUCAUCACAGUUUCGGUGACUUAUAAACAAAAUAGAAACUGUUUUGAUAACUGGUGGUUGGAUGAAUUUCAUAUGCAAGCACUUCACACUGCAAAGCAUGUUUUCUCCCCGAGCAAGAGUUAUGUUCACCUUGAACCUGUUUUUGAUACUUUGACCUGUGGGCAAACCAAGGAGAUGUGGGUACACUACAUCCUGAAUGAAGAGAUUCUAAAAGAUGAAAAAGAGUUAACCUUUUAUUAUUUGAUCAUAGCAAGAGGAAGUAUCUCCCAAUCAGGAAUCCAUGUGUUGUCCAUUGAACAAGGAAACAUGAAAGGAAAAUUUUCCUUCUCCUUUCAAGUGGAAUCAGACACCACUCCUGCUGCUCAGUUGUUCAUUUAUACAGUUUUACCUACUGGAGAGAUUGUAGCAGACACUGAGAAACUCAAGAUUGAAAAGUGUUUUGCCAACAAGGUAAAUUUGAGUUUCUCCUCAGCCAACAGCCUUCCAGGCUCAGACACCCACCUGAAGGUCACAGCCACUCCGUCCUCCCUCUGUGCCCUCCGUGCAGUAGACCAAAGUGUGCUGCUAAUGAAGCCUGAAGCCGAGCUCUCACCUCAAUCAGUCUAUAAUUUGCUUCCAGUGAAGUUUCUCCUUAGUGCAGCAUAUGGCAGUUCCAUGAAUAAAGAGGAAGAAAACUGCAUCAAGGGGGAAGACAUAACUUACAAUGGCAUCAUUUACAUGCCAAAGCAAGUCACGGAUGAUGAUGAUGUUUAUACUAUCUUUGAGUCUGCAGAGUUAAAUGUUUUUACCAACUCAAAACUCAGUAAACCACGUUUGUGUCAGCUGACUCCGAUAUAUGCAACAAUGCCUAUGCCUAUGUUCCAUGCAGGAGCAGGUAUGGGAGGCUUUUCUGCACCACUUGCUGCUGGAUCACUUGCUGCUGGAACACUUGCUGCUGGACCACCUGCUGCUGUUCCACCAGUGGUUUAUCCAAUGACGGUGGGAGCAGACUUUCAGAAUGUGCCAGUGAAGGAGAUAGUCCGGAAAUAUUUCCCUGAGACGUGGAUCUGGGACUUGGUGGAACUCGACUUAUCAGGUGGAAAAGAGUUGGAGAUGAAGGUUCCUGACACCAUCACGGAGUGGAAGGCCAGCGCACUCUGUUUGUCUGAAACUGCGGGUCUUGGCCUCUCCCCUGUUGUCCCUUUUCAAGUCUUCCAGCCCUUCUUCUUAGAGCUCACACUCCCCUAUUCCGUGGUGCGAGGGGAAGCCUUCACACUCAAAGCCACUGUGUCCAACUACUUGUCCCACUGCAUUCGGGUCAGUGUGCAGCUGGAGACCUCCUCUGCCUUCCUGGCGGUCCCAGUAGAGAAGAAUGAAGAAUCUCACUGUGUCUGUGGAAAUGGGAGAAAAACCUUAUCCUGGGCUGUGACUCCAAAAUUACUGGGUAAAGUGAAUUUCACAGCUACUGCAGAAGCAGUGCCGUCUCAAGAAUUGUGCAAUAAUGAGGUGCCGGAAGUCCCAACAUUUGGACAGAAGGAUACUAUAGUAAAGCCCUUACUAGUUGAGCCUGAAGGAAUAGAAAAGGAGGAAACUUACAACACACUGCUCUGUGCAUCAGAAACUGAAGUGCCUGAAAAGCUGUCACUGAAUGUUCCUUCAAAUGUGGUUGAGGGAUCAACCAGGGCAACAUAUUCAGUUUUGGGUGAUAUACUAGGCUCUGCAGUGCAUAACCUUCAGAAUCUUCUCCAGAUGCCCUAUGGUUGUGGAGAGCAGAAUAUGGUCCUCUUUGUCCCUAACAUCUAUGUUCUAAACUAUCUGAAUGAGACUCAACAGCUGACAGAGAAUACCAAGGCCAAAGCCAUCAACUACCUCAUCAAUGGGUACCAAAGGCAGUUGAAUUAUAAGCACAGUGAUGGUUCAUAUAGCACCUUUGGGGAACAUGGGUCAAGCCAAGGAAACACUUGGCUCACUGCAUUCGUGCUCAAGUCCUUUGCUCAAGCCCAGUCAUACAUCUUUGUGGAGAAGUCACACAUCAUGGAUGCCCUCUCCUGGCUGUCCCAGAAACAAAAGGAAAAUGGUUGUUUCCAGCUGUCUGGAUCCCUGCUAAACAAUGCCAUGAAGGGAGGGGUGGACGACGAGGUGACACUCUCUGCCUACAUCACCAUUGCUCUGCUGGAGAUGCCACUGCCUGUCACUCACACAGUUGUCCGAAAUGCUCUAUUCUGCCUCGAAACAGCCUGGAACUCCAUCUCAGGGGCCCACGGAAAUCUUGUCUAUACCAAGGCCUUACUGGCCUACGCCUUUGCCCUAGCAGGAAACCAGGCCAAGCGAAGAGAGCUGCUUGAAUCACUAGACAGAGAGGCCGUGAAGGAAGAGGACACAAUCCACUGGCAGCGUCCUGGGAAAGUUCAAGCAGCUGCGACACUUUAUUACCAACCCCGAGCUCCUUCUGCGGAAGUGGAGAUGACAUCUUACGUGCUCCUUGCCUAUCUUACUGUCCAGCCUGCCCCAUCUUCAGGGGACCUCGCCAUGGCAUCACGCAUUGUGAACUGGAUUACCAAGCAGCAAAACCCCCAUGGCGGUUUCUCCUCCACUCAGGAUACAGUGGUAGCUCUCCAAGCCCUCUCCAAACAUGGAGCAGCAACUUUCACUAAAAAUGAGAAAACAGCUUUGGUCACUGUCAAAUCUUCAGAUGCUUUCUCCAAAGAAUUCCAAGUAGAUGACGCCAACCGCCUGCUGCUGCAGGAGGUCUGGUUACCAGAGAUUCCAGGGGAAUACAACACCACGGUCUCAGGGUCAGGAUGUGUGUACCUUCAGACAUCCCUGAGAUAUAACAUCCUUCCUAAGAAAGAAGGGAAAGCUCCCUUCGCUCUGCAGGUUGAUGCUCUGCCCAAGAACUGUGAUGGAGUAGAAGCCCACAGAAAAUUCCUGAUUGACAUCAACAUUAGUUAUACCGGGGACCGACCCAGCAGCAACAUGGUCAUUGUUGAUGUGAAGAUGGUAUCAGGGUUCAUACCUGUGAAAUCAUCAGUAAAAGAGCUCCAAACAACAUGGCCUCAGAUUCAGAGGACUGAAGUGAGCACCAACCAUGUUCUGAUUUAUUUUGAAAAGCUAACCAAUCAAACCGUGAGUUUCUCCUUCUGGGUGGAACAAGACAUCCAAGUAAAGAAUUUAAAACCAGCUACAGUGAAAGCCUAUGAUUAUUAUGAGACAGAUGAAUUCAGCAUUGAAGAAUAUAAUGUUCCUUGCAGUGCUGAAUCUGAACAUGGAAAUGCUUAAAAACAUAA